UUUUUUUGACAGGCAGAGUGGACAGUGAGAGAGAGAGAGACAGAGAGAAAGGUCUUCCUUUGCCGUUGGUUCACCCUCCAAUGGCCGCCGCGGCCAGCGCGAUGUGGCCGGCGCACCGCGCUGAUCCGAUGGCAGGAGCCAGGAACCAGGUGCUUUUCCUGGUCUCCCAUGGGGUGCAGGGCCCAAGCACCUGGGCCAUCCUCCACUGCACUCCCUGGCCACAGCAGAGGGCUGGCCUGGAAGAGGGGCAACCGGGACAGAAUCCGGCGCCCCAACCGGGACUAGAACCCGGUCUGCCGGCGCCGCUAGGCGGAGGAUUAGCCUAGUGAGCCGCGGCGCCGGCCGAGAGAUUACUUUCUGUCAGCCUGAGUUGUGUAAAAAAUAGAGACUGAGACAACAUUUUAUGUGUGAGGAGUUAUAUUUGAGAAUUUUAUCUCAUGCAGUGGAAGGUAUGGAGGGGUGUUAAAUAGGGAUUAAGAGAGGCCUGAACAAGGAUGCUUAAGUUGGCCACCACAAAGAGUGACUAAGGCAUAAAUCUGUUAGCUCUCCCAGCACCCGUUUUGUAGGGUUGACCCAUAGGGCAUUGAUUUCUCUACACUGUUAGAUUGUGAAUGUAUAAGCAUCAAGCUGAUUUUCCAUGAUAAAUCACUCCAUGGACUCGGAGGAAUCCUAUAGUAGGACAAGAAGCAGGUGGAGUAGUCCUGAGGUAAUGCUUUCAGGCUGUAUCUCCAUGAAGCUGGUUGAUGUUUGUGCAGAGCUGGUUACUACAGCUGUGUCUGGAAUAAGAUAUGAUAGCUGCGAGAAUCUGAAGUAGUACCAGAAGUGUCUGACACAAUCCCCAAGGAAGGAAUGCUUCUACCAAGAACGCUUCAAUGGUUCCAAUCUACUGGAAGUAAAGUCUACCAAUUAGCAAUUUGGUAUUCUUCUGUCACUGAAUCAACAAACACAGGAAUUGCUGUAUUGCUUGAGGUCAUUCAAUCCCAGUUAACAAUGGAAAAUUGUGUUUCUCUACACAAUAAGGAAAGGAAAAACUAUGAUAUUCAGGAGGUUAUUUUUUAUUUUUUAACUUCUAUUUAAUCAAUAUAAACUUCCAAAGUACAGCUUUUGGAUUACAGUGACUCCCCCCCCCCCAAUACUUCCCUCUCACCCGCAACCCUCCCAUCUCCCGCUCCCUCUCCCAUUCCAUUCACAUCAAGAUUCAUUUUCAAUUAUCUUUAUAUACAGAAGAUCAAUUUCAUAUAUACUAAGUAAAGAUUUCAACAGUUUGAACCCACACAGAAACACAAAGUGUAAAGUAUUGUUUGAGUACUAGUUAUAGCAUUAAUUCAGAUUGUACAACACAUUAAGGACAGAGAUCCUACAUGGGGAAUAAGUGCACAGUGACUCCUGUUGUUGACUUAACAAAUUGACACUCUUGUUUAUGGCGUCAGUAAUCACCCUAGGCUCUUGUCAUGAGUUGCCAAGGCUAUGGAAGCCUUUUGAGUUCGCCAACUCAGAUCUUAUUUAGACAAAGCCAUAUUCAAAGUGGAAGUUCUCUCCUCCCUUCAGAGAAAGGUGCCUCCUUCUUUGAUGGCCCAUUCUUUCCACUGGGAUCUCACUCGCAGAGAUCUUUCAUUUAGUUUUUUUUUUUUCCCCAGAGUGUCUUGGCUUUCUAUGCCUAAAAUACUCUCAUGGGAUCUUCAGCCUGAUCCGAAUGACUUAAGGGCUGAUUCUGAGGCCAGAUGCUGUUUAGGACAUCUGCCAUUCUAUGAGUCUGCUGUGUAUCCCACUUACCAUGUUGGAUCGUUCUCUCCUUUUUAAUUCUGUCAGUUAGUAUUAGCAGACACUAGUCUUGUUUAUGUGAUCCCUUUGACGCUUAAACUUCUCAUCAUGAUCACUUGUGAACUGAAAUUGAUCACUUUGACUAGUGAGAUGGCUUUGGUACAUGCCACCUUGAUGGGAUUGAAUUGGAAUCCUCUGACACAUUUCUAACUCUACCGUUUGGGGCAAGUCCGAUUGAGCAUGUCCCAAAUUGUACACCUCCUCCCUCUCUUAUUCCCACUCUUAUAUUUAAUAGGGAUUACUUUUCAGUUAAAUUUAAACACCUAAGAAUAACUGUGUGUUAAUUAAAGAGUUCAACCAAUAAUGUUAAGCAGAUCAAAAAAUACUAAAAGGGAUAAAGUAUUAAGUUGUUCAUCAACAGUCAGGACAAGGGCUGAUCAACUCAUUGUUUCUCAUAGUGUCCAUUUCACUUCAACAAGUUUCCUUUUUGGUGCUCAGUUAGCUGUCACCGAUCAGGGAGAACAUAUGAUAUUUGUCCCUUUGGGACUAGCUUAUUUUACUCAGCAUGAUGUUUUCCAGAUUCUUCCAUUUUGUUGCAAAUGACCAGAUUUCAUUUUUUUUAACUGCUGUAUAGUAUUCUAUAAACUACAUGUCCCAUAAUUUCUUCAUCCAGUCUACUGUUGAUGGCAUUUAGGUUGAUUCCAGGUCUUAGCUAUUGUGAAUUGAGCUGCAAUAAACAUUAAGGUGCAGACAGCUUUUAUGUUUGCCAAUUUAAUUUCCUUUGGGUAAAUUCCAAGGAGUGGGAUGGCUUGGUUGUAUGGUAGGGUUUAUUCAGGUUUCUGAGGAAUCUCCAGACUGAUUUCCAUAGUGGCUUUACCAGUUUGCAUUCCCAUCUGUUGUUGGUAGAUUUCUGAAUGUGAGCCAUUCUAACCGGGGUGAGGUGAAACCUCACUGUGGUUUUGAUUUACAUUUCCCUGAUUGCUAGUGAUCCUGAACAUUUUUUCAUGUGUCUGUUGGCCAUUUGGAUUUCCUCCUUUGAAAAAAUGUCUGUUGAGGUCCUUGGCCCAUCUCUUAAGUGGGUUGUUUGUUUUGUUGUUGUGGAGUUUCUUGAUCUCUUUGUAGAUUCUGGCUAUCAACCCUUUAUCUGUUGCAUAGUUUGCAAAUAUUUUUUCCCAUUCUGUCAGUUGCCUCUUCACUUUCCUGACUGUUUCUUUUGAAGUACAGAAACUUCUCAAUUUGAUGUAAUCCCAAUUGUUAAUUCUGGCUUUGACUGCCUGCGCCUCCAGGGUCUUUUCCAAGAAGUCUUUGCCGGUACCUAUAUCUUGCAGGGUUUCUCCAAUGUUCUCUAAUAAUUUGAUGGUGUCGGGUCAUAGAUUUAAGUCUUUAAUCCAUGUUGAGUGGAUUUUUGUGUAAGGUGAAAGGUAGGGGUCUUGCUUCAUGCUUCUGCACGUGGAAAUCCAGUUUUCCCAGCACCAUUUAUUGAAUAGACUGUCCUUGCUCCAGGAAUUGGUUUUAGAUCCUGAUCAAAUAUAAGUUGGCUAUAGAUGUUUGGAUUGAUUUCUGGUGUUUCUAUUCUGUUCCAUUGGUCCAUCCAUCUGUUUCUGUACCAGUACCAUGCUGUUUUGAUUAUAAAAGCCUUGUAGUAUGUCCUGAAAUCUGGUAUUGUGGUGCCUCCAGCUUGUUUUUGUUGUACAAGAUUGCUCUAGCUAUUCGUAGUCUCCUGUGCCUCCAUUUGAAUUUUAGCAUCAUUUUUUCCAGAUCUGAGAAGAAUAUCUUUGGUAUUUUGAUUGGUAUCGCAUAGAGUCUAUAAAUUGCUUUUGUGAGAAUGGACUUUUUGAUGAUAUUGAUUCUUCCAAUCCAUGAGCAUGGAAGAUUCUUCCAUUUUUUGGUAUCCUCUUCUGUUUCUUUAAGAUUUUGUAAUUCUCAUCAUAGAGAUCUUUGACAUCCUUGGUUAAGUUUAUUCCAAGGUAUUUCAUUGUUUUUCUGGCUAUUGUGAAUGGGGUUGAUCUUAGAAGUUCUUUCUCAGUCAUGGCAUUGCCUGUGUAUACAAAGGCUGUUGAUUUUUGUGCAUUGAUUUUAUACCCUGCUACUUUGCCAAACUCUUCUAUGAGUUCCAAUAGUCUCUUAGUAGAGUUCUUUGGGUCCCCUAAAUACAGAAUCAUGUCAUCUGCAAAGAGGGAUAGUUUGAGUUCUUCCUUCCCAAUUUGUAUCCCUUUAAUUUCUUUUUCUUGCCUAAUGGCUCUGGCUAAAACUUCCAGAACUAUAUUGAAUAGCAGUGGUGAGAGUGGCAUCCCUGUCUGGGACCAGAUCUCAGUGGAAAUGCUUCCAACUUUUCCCCAUUCAAUAGGAUGCUGGCCGUGGGUUUUUCAUAAAUUGCUUUGAUUGUGUUGAGGAAUGUUCCUUCUAUACCUAAUUUGCUUAGAGUUUUAUCAUGAAAGGGUGUUGUAUUUUAUCAAAUGCUUUCUCUGCAUCUGUUCAGAUAAUCAUAUGGUUUUUCUUCUGCAGUUUGUUAAUGUGGUGUAUCACAUUGAUUGAUUUGCAAACAUUGAACCAUCCCUGCAUACCAGGGAUAAAUCCCUCUGGGUCUGGGUGGAUGAUCUUUCUGAUGUGUUGUUGCUUUCUUUUAGCCAGAUUUUUUUGAGGAUUUUUGCAUCUAUGUUCAUCUGGGAUAUUGCUCUGUAAUUCUCUUUCAAUGCUGCAUCUUUUUUCAGCUUAGGAAUUAAGGUGAUGCUGGCUUCAUAGAAACAAUUUGGGAGGAUUCCCUCUUUUUGAUUGUUCUGAAUAGUUUGAGAAGAAUUGGAGUUAAUUCUUCUUCAAAUAUCUGGAAGAAUUCAGCAGUGAAUCCAUCUGUUCCUUUUCUUUGUUGGGAGGGCCUUUUCUACUCUUUCAAUUUCUGUCUCAAUUAUGGGUCUGUUUAGGACUUCUGUGUCUUCUUGGUUCAAUUUAGGUAGGUUGCAUGUGUCCAGGAAUCUAUCCAUUUCUGACAGAUUUCCCUGUUUGCUGGCAUACAAGUCCUUAUAGUAAUUUCUGAUGAUUCUUUUUAUUUCUGUGGUGUCUGUUGUUACAUUUCCUUUUUCAUCUCUGAUUUUAUUGAUUUGGGUCUUUUCUUUUUUUGUUAGUUGGGCCAGUGGUGUGUCAAUUUUGUUUAUUUUUUCAAAAAAAAAAAAACCAGCUCUUCCUUUGAGUGAUCUUUUGUAAUUUUUUUUUUUUUGGAUUCAAUCCUGUUGAUUUCUUCUCUGAUUUUAAUUAUUUCUCUUCUCUUACUAGUUUUGGGUCUGGUUUGCUGUAGUUUUUCUAGAUCCUUGAGAUGCAUUGAAAGCUUAGUUAUUUGGUGCCUUUCCAAUUUCUUGAUGUAGGCACCUAUUGCUAUAAACUUUCCUCUUAACACUGCUUUUGUUGUAUCACAUAAGUUUUGAUAUGUUGUGCUGUUAUCCUCAAUUACUUCCAGAAAUUUUUUGAUUUCUCUUUUGAUUUCUUCUAUGACCCAGUGUGUUCACUCAGGAGCAUGUUGUUCAAUCUCCAUGUGUUUGCAUAUGCUCUAGGGAUUCCUGAGUUGCUGAUUUCCAACUUCAUUCCACUGUGGUCUGAGAAGCUGCAUCGUAUGAUUCUAAUUCUUUUGAAUUUGCUGAGACUUGCUUUAUGGCCUAGUACGUGGUCAAUCCUAGAGUUGGUUCCAUGCACUGCUGAGAAGAAUGUAAAUUCUUUAAGUGUAGUAUUUAAAGUUCUGUAGAUAUGUAUUACAUCCUUUUGGGCUAUAGAGUUGUUUAAAUAUGCUGUUUCCUUGUUGAUCUUCUGUCCGGUUGAUCUGUCUGUUUCUGAGAGUGGGGUAUUGAAGUCCUCCAGUACUAUUGUAUUGGAGUCUAAGUCUCUCUUUAAGUCCCUUAACAUAUCUUUUAAAUAAACCAGUGCCCUGAAAUUAGGUGCAUAUAUAUUUAUAACAGUUACAUUUAUAAUAGUUACAGUUGAAUUGAUCCCUUAAUCAUUAUAUAGUGCCUCCCUUUGUCUCUCUUAACAGUUUUUGUGUUAAAGUUUAUUUUGUCUGAUAUUAAUAUGGCUAUGCCAGCUUUUUUUUUUUUUUUUUUUUUUUGGUUUCUGUUGGCAUGGCAUAUCUUUUUCCAGCCUUUCACUUUCAGUCUGCAUGCAUCUUUGUUGGAAAGAUGUGUUUCUUGUAAGCAGCAAAUAGAUGGGUUUUGUUCCUUAAUCCAUUCAGCCAGUCUGUGUCUUUAACUGGAGAGUUAUGGCCAUUAACAUUCAAUGUGACUGUUGAUAAGUAGUAACUUUGCCCUGCCAUUUUCCCCAAAGAUUUUUCUAAUAUAUGCUUUGAGCUUCCUGUGAUCUUUUACUAAGAGGUUUUCUUUCUUUACCUUCUUUCAUAUUGAUGGCCAUGUUUCUGUGUUCCUGUGUGUAACACAUCUCUAAGGAUCUUUUGCAGGGCUAGACAAGUAGCAACAAAUUCUUUCAAUUUCUGUUUGCUAUGAAAGGUCUUUAUUUCACCUUCAUUCACAAAUGAGAGCUUUGCAGGAUAUAAUAUUCUGGGCGGCAGUUUUUUUCUCUUAAUACCUGGGCUGCAUCUCGCCAUUCCCUCCUAGCCUAUAGGGUUUCUGAUGAGAAGUGUGCUGUGAGUGUAAUUAGAGAUCCUCUGAGAGUAAUCUGACGUUUCUCUCUUGCACAUUUUAUGAUCUUUUCUUUAUGUUUCACUGUGGUGAGUUUGAUUACAAUGUAUCAUGGUGAGGAUCUCUUUUGGUCAUGUUUAUUACGGGUCUAUGAGCUUCCUGUACUUGGAUGUCUCUGUCUUUCUCCAAACCCGGGAAGUUUCCUGCUAGUAUCUCACUAAAAAGGCCUUCUAAUCCUUUCUCUCUCUCCAAGCCUAGGAACUCCUAGAACCCGAAUGUUGGUUUUUUUUAAUAGUAUCCUGUAGAUUCCCAACAAUAUUUUUUAGAUUUCUAAUUUCCUCUUCUUUUCUUUGGUUUGACUGUAUACUUGCCUGUGCUCUGUCUUCUAAGUCCGAUAUUCUCUCUUCUGCUUCACUGAUUCUGUUUUUAAGACUCUAAUGAGUUUGUCAUUUGAUCUAUUGAAUUCUUCAGUUCAUUUUGAUUUCUCUUCAUUUUCACAGUUUCAUGUUCUACUAGUUUCUUCAUUUCAUUUUGAUUCCUCUUUAAGAUUUCAUUUUCAUGAGAGAGAUUUUCUAUCCUGUCCAGUAAGGAUUUCUGUAAUUCAAGAAUUUGUUUUUGAGAACUUCUAAAUGUUCUUAUCAUAAAGUUUCUGAAAUCCAUAUCUUGCAUUUCUUCUAUCUCAUCAUCUUCAUAAUCUUGAAUUGGAAUGUCUUGUUCAUUUGGGGGCAUCAUAAUGUCUUCCUUGUUCUUGUUUCCUCAAUUUUUGCAUUUGUUGCUUGGCAUUGUGGAGAUAUUCUUUGGUUUCUUCUUCUUUUUUUGCUGUGGUGUUUUUUCUCAUUAUACUAUGGCUCUAGAUUAAGUGGACUGUCUGCUUUUGAUGGAUCUUAAGAGGCUUGUGAAGGGUGUGGCCUGAGAGCUCUGUUUGGUUCUUCAGGGUUAAGAGUGUGCCAAAGGUGACACACCCAGGUUAGGCGUGGUAAAUUUCUCCCUCCCUCCCUCCCUCUCUCUCUCUCUCUCUCUCUCUCUCUCUCUCUUCAGAAGGGAAAUAAUUCCACACAGCUGAGUAGAAUUGAAGGCAGUCAUUGUCUGAGCUCUGGCCCCUGUGGGUAUAAUAUUCGACUGCUCUGUCCCAAGGACCACACAAAGAUCUGUUCAGUCCUCAGUGUAAGCUCAGAUUCCCCUGCAAUCUCCCACCGGGUUGCCAAGGUUAUGAGUUUGUGGUUUCUCCCAAGAGUACUCACAUCUCAGGCACUCUGUGAGUUCUCUCAAACACCCUCAGUUUUUUUUUCACAGUCUCAGUUCAUAAGCUCCACACAUUCACUAGGUCCUAACCUCCUGUUAUUUCUCCUCCCCAGUGUCAGGUUUUUCUGCUUGGUUGAGGGUGGGCGCAGCCCUGAGUUGGCACAGCUUUUACGUGUGUCCAAAAUGGCACCUGCUCUUUGUCUUGCUUGCCUUUUUAAGGUGAGUGGAGAGAAUCAUGUCCGUACCGGUCCCCCCCCCCUUUUUUUUUAUUAUUUUUCUCCUCUAGUUAGCCUGGUGAACUUUCCCCCACGGGGCUUCAAGCCUUGUUCCCUCUAGGCUCUUCCUGCCACUUCCCCACCAGUGUCUCAGGCUACUGAGGUUUCACCUCACCUCCCUUUCCAGUGCUGGUGCAUAGACUCAGCGGCUAGGGUCCCAAGCCAUGGGUGCCCGUGCCCUCCAUGUAGGUUCACCAUGUCCCACUAGUUCUGGAAGAGUUUCCUCUUCAGUUUUUUCCCCUAACUAUUCUAGCUGGAAUGAUGAGCAAGGGAACAUGUAACAGGUGUGGAAGGAGUUACAAGUGUGAAACUACAGUAUCUCCACUUUUAUUAAAAUAUUUUUUCCUGGAUUAUCAGUGUGCUCCCUCCCUAUUCCGCCAUCUUGAGUUGAAACCCAACUCAUUUCAGGAGGUUAUUUUUUUAAAAAGUAUUUAUUUAUGUGAAAGGCAGAAUGAGAGGGAGAGAAAGAGUUUUUCUAUCUACUGGUUCAAUCCCCAAAUGGCCACAUUAGCAGGGGCGGGGCCAGGUUGAAGUCAGGAACUUGGAAGUCUAUCUGGGUCUCCCAUGUGAGCGGAAGAGCCCAAGUAUUUGGGCCGUCAUCCACUACCUUCCCAGGUACAUUAACAUGGAGCUGAUUUGGAAGCAGAGCAGCUGGGUCUCAGAUCAGCACUCCAAUAUGGGAUGGCAGCAUCAUAAGCUGUGACUUAACCUGCUGUGCCACAAUGCUGGCUCCUAGGAGAGCUUUUAGUUGAUGGAAAACUUACUGCAAUCCAAUAAAAGUCAUAACAAUGACGAUUUGGAUUCCCAAGGAAUAAUGGUUAAAUCUAGCUGGAAUGAUGAGAAAGGGAACAUGUAACAGGUGUGGAAGUAGUUACAAGUGUGAACUCUAGGGGCCCCAUUUGACCUAGUAGUUAAGACCCCAGUGGCACACCAUGAUUUCAUAAUCCGAGUGCCUGCGUUGGGGUUCCAGCUCUGCUGUUGAUUGCAGUUUUCUGCUAAUGUGCACCCUGGGUGGUAGCAGGUAAUGGCACAAGUAGUGGGGUCUCUGCCCUCCUCCAUAUAGGAGACCUGGAUUGAGUUCCUGAUUCCUGACUUUGGUUCAAUCCUGACAAUUAUGGGCAUUUGGAGACUGAACCUAUGCAUGGGAGCUCUUUGUGUCUGUCUUUGUCUUUGUCUUUAUAUGCAUCUCAAAUAAAUAAAUAAAAUUUAAAAAUAUUGAUAGUCUCAUUAUCAGUUGCAGGGUAAGAAAAGAGGGGCACCAGGAGAUAAUCUUAUAUGGAGAAUAGUUGGGAUGAUGGCAGUUUUCUGCUAAUAAGUUUUUCAUAGAGCCACGAGGAGCUAUUUUGAUUUCUGUUUUAGCCUCAGGAAGAAUUAACUGUGAUCUGGGAGAGUUCUUACUCUUGUUCUUUCUAUGUAUCUGCAUGUGGUUGGAUCAUAGAAGUGUGAUCCUUAUUAGUGAUAGAUUUAUUUCUCCCUUGGGGUAUGUUUAUGGGGAAUUAGGUUUUAGUGAGAGAUUGUCACCCAUGGAAAAUAUGCAGAACAUCUCUUUCAUGGUGGUAUUCUAUCAGAUUCUUCUGAUGGCUUCUUGUUACCACAGGAUAAAGCCUAAACUUUCAUACACCUAUUUAGAGAUUGACAGUCUGGUUUAUUAUUUCUUUUACGGCUUCUCCAACCAUUCUUCUUCACCUCCCAAAAUGUGGUCCAGCUGCGCAGGACUAUUAUUCAUUUCUGACACAGGAAACGGUUAAACAUCCAUGGUGAGCUUCUCUCCAUCCUCACCCUCCCGCCCCAACAAAGUACAGUCAGAUGUGAUUAGUAACUGCAAUCAGUCACCACUUCAGGACUAGAGAGGUCUGGGAAAAUUACUUGGUCUUUAAUGAGUUCCUGCAGGAUCUGUGCUCCUUUGGGAUGCAGGCCCUUUGGGCCCAGAGACCGAUAGAAGGAAAGAUGUAAGGAGAGGUGGUGCAGACACAGGUAAUGACUACAGGGGCUGUAAUGAAUAAAGGGCAGCAGGAUCUCGGGUCAGGGCCCUGGAGUCUCCUUCAGACGCCCUGGGUAAGCUGGGCAGGAGGGUGAAUUAGCUGGUGCCCUAGUGUCUUUCCAACCUGGGCCAUAUUGUUUCCCAACUUGUAUGAUGCUCUGCUGAAUAGUUCUUUAGGUGUGAUAACAUCGCUUUUCUCUGUCUCUGCUAUCUGAGACUGUGUUGCACUGUAGAUACAUGUUGAUUAAUGUUCACCAGUUACAAUCUUUAAAAUUAAAAUAUUCAUAUUGUUUACUGUGCAUGUAGUCUAACAAGAGCCUGUCAUUUCAACAUAAUGACAUUUCAGUGAGGUAGGCAUUUGAUACAGAUGUUCUUCACCCUUAGCUGUAUAUUUAAAUUUACUCAAGAAGCUUUAAAAUACUUUGGAUAGGCUGCCUCCUAGAAAUUCCAAUUUUACAUUUAUUGAAGGAUAGUGUAGAAAUUUGUAUUUUUGAAAUGUAUGAUCUUACAACUUAAAAUAUGGUCCACAGAGCAGCAGAGUUAGCAUCACCAAAUGUAAAUUUGAACUCUUAAAAUAUAGAAUGUUAGGCCCCACACUGGGUCUACUGAAUAAAAAUUAAUAUUUAACAGGGUAAGUAGGUGGUUUGUAUAUAAAUUAUAUUUUUAGGAGCACUCUCAUGCGAUUCUUGAGUGCAGUAUGGACUGAAAACUAUGAAUUAAUCAGGUGAAGAAGAUGAGAGGCACCAUUAUGGGAGCAGCUGAAACUCAUGGCCAAUCAGUGGAUGGAUUUGCAAGUGAUGUCACUCUGGUUUGUGAUUCCUAAACAAGACCCUUGAUGCCAGAAAUGAUGUCAUCUUCCAGGAAAGCAACACUCUGAGAAAUCAGGUGUAUAAAAUUUCACUUGAUUCUUUUAAACUACAACAUUGGCAUUUUAUAUCUAAGUAUAAAUAGCUAUUAAUUUGUCUAGAUUAAACAGCAUCAGCAGAGUGAAAAUCCCAGCAGCUGGCCUUAGUUAUCUCUUCAGUGAAGGAACUUCCCAUGUGCUUUUAUGUCCCUCUCCAGCUUCCUUAGUCACCUCUGAGGAAUUCUGAGAUACAGAUAUCAGGAGAAGAACUGGAGUGAGACCUCCAAGGUAGGAAUUAUCUUUAGUCCACCUUUUUUUUCUUUUUUUUAAAGAUUUAUUUUAUUUAUUUGAAAGAGUUACAGAGAGAGGUACAUACAGAGAGAGAGGUCUCCCAUCCACUAGUUCACUCCCCAGAUGGCUGCAACGGCCAGAGCUGCGCCAAUCCAAAGCCAGGAGCCAGGGGCUUCCCCCGGGUCUCCCACGCGGGUGCAGUGUAUGAAGGACUUGGGCCAUCUUCUGCUUUCCCAGGCCAUAGCAGAGAGCUGGACUGGGAGAGGAGCAGCUGGGACUGGAACCAGUGCCCAUAUGGGAUGCUGGCACUUCAGGCCAGGGCAUCAACCCGCUGUGCCACAGCACCGGCCCCUAUUCCACCUUUUUUCUCCCAAAUUACUAAACCUUUCAGAUUUAUAUAAGUCAGUGUCACUGAAUCACGUGGAUAUAAACACAAGGAAAAAAGUGUAGUGUGAUCCUGCGUAUCAGUUGUUUGUUAAGGCUAAGGAGUAGUGUGAUUGGGUAGUCUAGUAUUUUUCAUGGGCAUGAAGUUACAGCCAGGAAUUCUGUAAUAGGUGUCAAAAACUAGUGCUAUAUGGUUAAAGCUUAUGAGUACUUUUCCUGGGAGGAUUUAGUAGCAGUGCUUAUUCUAACUCAAAUAGGAGGUUAAUACCUUUAAAGUUUGAGGAAUAUAGCAGUAUUCCUUAGCCUGAAGUAAAAUCAACAAAUAUGAAUGAAUUAUUUGCCACAACCAGGCACCAGGCCAGAUUCUGGCCCUGAAGCAGUCAUGAAGCUAGACAUUUCAUUUGAUGCAUGGAGCUCAGCUUUUGGUAGCAAAGUCAGCUAGAAAACAGUGGUCAAGGGUAUUGAGUGCUAUGGGAGGAGUACAGGAUGCUGUGGAAACAUAGCAGUGGGGCUCCCUAGGUCUGGGGAACCAGGGGAGAUUUACCUGAGUGACAUGCAAAAUACCUGAAAAGUAAGUGGAGGUAAGCCAUGUGAAGACAGAGCAGAGGGAAGAAGGUGCUAGGCAGGAGGAAAAGCAAGCGUGAAAUUCUGGACAUGAAAACUCUUUAAGUCCAGUGAUGCUGCAGAGUCAGACACGAGAUAUUAUGAGGACAGAUGAGAGUGUGAAGGCAGCAAGGGUCAGGUCAUGAAGCAGCUUUUGGUGGUCCUUGAAAGGAAUUAUGCCUUAUCUUAAGAACAGCGAGAAUCCAUGAAACUUCAAGAAUGAUGAUCAUAUUUUUAUUUUAUGCCACCAUGUGAAGGGAGUGAAGGAGUGAGCAUGGAAACAGGGAGAUGAAGUAAUAGGUUCAAGAAUGCAGACGAGACAUGAUGUCAGUUGGGUCCAGAUAGUGGCAGUUGGGAUAAGUGAUGAAAAAUUAGAGUGAAGUGGCACCAUCUAAGGGAGUUUUUUAGAUUAGGUGUUUUAGGUGAGAGGAAUGAAUGAAUGAAUGAAAACACUCAGAUCUGAGAAGUGAACCUGGCUUAAUUUUACUGAGAUGUGGACUGAAGAGCAGAUUGGGAGAGGGAGCGAGGGAGUCAUGAGUUUCAUUUGGGAGCUGUUGAGCCAAAGAUGAUCCUAAUAGAUCCAUGGGGAGAUAAUCAGCAAGCAGUUGGCGAUACAGUACUGAAGAGGAUAGAGUGAUCUACCCAGGAGGUUUAGAUGGUAAGUAAUACCAUGGGAAUAGGCAAGCUCUUUAAGGGCUGUAUCUGUAGAAAUAUCAAUCAUGUUUAGAGAAAAGCUCCAGGAAACACAAAUAUAAAAGGUAACAGAAAAGAGGCCAAUUACAGUCUUUGACAAUGAAUGCUCAGGGAAGUGUUAUGAGAAGCAGUGUGGCAGCAUAAUUACACAGGAACUAAACGGAUGAUUGUAUUUUAUAAGGAAGGGAACAAUCAAUAUUGUUAGACCUAUUGAGAAGUGAAAAAAAAAACCUGAAAAAUGUCUUUGACUUAGUGAUGUGGCAUAUUUCUGAUUAUAGAGACUGCCAUUAUGAAUAUUGAAGGUGAAACCAACCGUUGAAGAAUAUCUAAUAGACUAUGUAUCACUGACAUACAUCCAUUCUUAUUCAUGUUUUUAAGGAACUUAUUAUUUCAUCUUUAAGAUAUUGGAGACAGAACAUGACAAGAAGGAACCAAACUAUGAUUGCAGAGUUUCUCCUCUUGGGUCUGCCCAUCCAGCCACAGCACAAAAAUCUCUUCUACGUCCUGUUCCUGGCCAUGUACCUCACCACCAUCCUGGGGAACCUCAUCAUCAUUGUCCUCAUUCACCUGGACUCUCAUCUCCACACGCCCAUGUAUUUGUUUCUCAGCAACUUGUCCCUCUCUGACCUCUGCUUCUCCUCUGUCACAAUGCCCAAAUUGCUGCAGAUCAUGCAGAGCCAAGUCCCAUCCAUCCCCUAUGAAGGAUGCCUGGCCCAAAUGUACUUCUUCCUGUUUUUUGCAGACCUGGAGAGCUUCCUCCUUGUGGCCAUGGCCUACGACCGCUAUGUGGCCAUCUGCUUCCCCCUGCACUACACCAGCAUCAUGAGCCCCAAGCUCUGCUUCUGCCUGGCGGCACUGUCCUGGGUGCUGACCACGUUCCAUGCCCUGCUGCACACCCUGCUCAUGGCCAGGCUGUCUUUCUGUGCAGACAACAGGAUCCCCCACUUUUUCUGUGAUAUGUCUGCUCUUCUGAAGUUGGCCUGCUCUGAUACCCAUGUCAAUGAGUUGGUGAUAUUUGUCAUGGGAGGCAUCAUUCUCGUCAUCCCUUUCCUACUCAUUAUCACAUCCUAUGCAAGGAUUGUGUCUUCCAUCAUCAAGGUUCCUUCUGCACGGGGCAUCCGUAAGGCCUUCUCCACCUGUGGCUCCCACCUCUCUGUGGUGUCGUUGUUCUAUGGGACAGUUAUUGGUCUCUACCUAAUCCCAUCAGCCAAUAAUUCUACUGUGAAGGAGACUGUCAUGGCUAUGAUGUAUACUGUGGUGACUCCCAUGCUGAACCCCUUCAUCUACAGCCUGAGGAACCAAGACAUGAAGGGAGCCCUGGGCAGAGUCAUUUGUAAAAAGAAAAUCAUCUUCUGCCCAUGAUGAUUGGGAUUAUUACAUAAUUUUAUCUAUUGAUAUUUAAAUAUUAAUACAGACUUAUUUUUGAAACUGUUUAAAUGAAACACUAUGUAAUUGUUCAGUAAGUAAGAAAGGAGAAGUGUGUAGUUGAACACAGGAAUGGGUUCUCAGUGACCAGCUAGGAAAGUUUUUCUCUUUGUGAAUUUCAGGUCACCUUGAAGAGGCGUAUUUUAUGAUAUUUUAAUAGAAACUUUGGUCUCAAGUUAUUAAACCACUUACUUAUCAUCUAUGUUUUUAAAACUAUAACUGCAAUUUAAAUGAUACUGCCUCCUCCCACGGCAACAAGGACUAAGACCCAAACACCUCAGUCUCCUGCUGCUUCUAAACUGGAUUUGUUGUUCAAAAAAUUUUUUUUACUUAUCUCUCUAUAAAGCACUCACAUCAUUCUGUCUCUUAACCUUUUUAAUUUAUCCUGUGUUUUCCUCUCUGCAUUGUGCUUUUUUUAAAAAAAAAUUAUUUAUUUGAGCAACAGAGAGAAAGGUCUCCCAUCCCCUGGUUCACUCCCUAGAUGCCUCAUAGGCUGGAGCUGGGCGGAUCUGAAAUCAGGAGCCAGGACCUUCGUCUGAGUCUCCCAUGCAGGUGCAGGGCCCAAGCACUUGGGCCAACUUCUACUGCUUUCCCAGGCCACAGCAGGGAGCUGGAUGGGAAGUGGAGCAGCCAGGACAUGAACUGUCACCCAUGUGGGAUGCUGGCACUACAGGCAGAGGUUUAGCCUACUAUGCCUCAGUGCCUGCCUCUGCAUUGUCCUUUUUAAUGGACCUGAAUCUAGAAUGAACUUUCAUCCUGUUUUGUUAGAAUAGUUUGGUUUGUAUUUACCCAAGAACUUAAGUCAUCCCUGGGGCCCUAAAUGUUGCUCUCUCAAGCUUGGGGAGGGAGCCAGAGUUAGGUUUUUUUUUCAUUUCAUUUUAUUUUUCUUGAAAACAGAUUAAUAUUGCAAAGUGAAGAUUCAUGACAAUCAUCAUUGCAAUGAGAAAAAAUGAUAUAUUGUCAUUUACAUCAUGAUUCAGUGAAAUAAUAUUUAUAACUAUAUACUAGUUGAUACUUCACUCGUUAAGUAUUUCUUUCCUCUUCUCACUAUUUUGCAAGUUAUCAAUAAACUUUACAUUUUUGAUGUUACUCUAUUUUUGUGAUGAUCCUUUGAAGGAAAGGAAAUAUUAUCAUUUUAAAGGCUGAACAUUAACUUGUUACUAAAUGGAAUUUUAUGCUCACGAGUGCCUAUUUUAGGUUUUUGAAUUUGCAACUUGGAUUGUAAUUAAAUGAGCAUAGAUGAGUUAAACAUAUUUAAGACUGUAAAACCUGGAUACUGCACAAUUUAAAAGGAGGUCAUUAACAAGUUAUAUUUUAAAUAGGAUAUCAAUUCCAAGGGGAUUUCAGGGUAGGGGGAGUAAAUUUUCCUCCUUUGGAAAAAUCAGACUAAGUUCUUUAAAAGCCAUGGAGGAUUUUUAGGAGGUGAAGCUAUUCUUUUUGAUACUGAAUUGGUGAAUACAAAUCAUUAUACAUCCAUUCAAAUCUACAAAACGUAGUUUCCUUUAGGAAACUGUAGACUUUAAUUAAUAAGGUGUCAGCACUGGAUCAUAAUUUGUA